AUGGUUCCCCACCGCACCGGAGAACAAGAAGGGACUGAAGAAGGGAUGAAGCACUUUCUUCUUCUUUACUUCGUCUUCUUCAUUGUUUUCUGUAGCUCAUCAACUCUGGUAACAUCCCAGCUGGACUCUUGUUCCCAAAAUGUAGAUCCUCAGCGCAUUGAUUUUGAUACGACUUCCCUUCGCUGUGUUGCUGUUUGGCCAGAUCAUAACUUCAUCCUUAGAUAUGCUCAGGUCUCACCAAACUUGUGGAGCUUUGUUCUCUCAUUUCCCAUAAACAUAAACUCUUAUGGAGCAAUAGGGUUCUCCGACGACGGGCGAAUGGAAGGUUCUAGCGCCAUUGUCGGGUGGGACAUGCCGGCGGGUGGUGGCAUCGAUGGAGUGAAACAGUAUUAUUUGGGUGGCAUGACACAAGCAGAGGUGGUUGCUGAUAAAGGAAAUCUUCUAUAUGCCAAUGCGUCCAUUGUUUCAACUCCAACUUCCAUAGUAUAUGUAGCCUUCCAGUUGCAAACCAACCAGCCUUCCUCACUUCUCUUAUUCGCACUUGGACCCCAGAAUUUCUACCCUACCGGCACCCAAUUUCUCUUACUCCAACACAUUGAUAUGAUUUCGAUCGACAUAGACUACGCAUCAGGUCUUAGCAAUUUUAUUGCGACCAGGAAAAGAAUCAAAAGCGAAGCAUCAAAGUGGUUUGCUGGUUAUGGAGCAAGCCUUGGCUUCUUGCUUCUUGUGGUCAUCAUUUUGGAAAUAAGAAUGCUGAUCAAACCCAAAGCACAAAUUGCCUAA